AUGUGCGGAGGACAGAGGUUGAAGUGUUACGACAAUAACGUCCUUCGUUCCCGUCCUGCAGAGGAUGACAUGGACGACUUUAGCCUCCACGUGCAGCGCUAUCGGCCGGAGGAACUGGAUAAGCUCGCCAAGACGACCAAGUUCUCCAGGAAGGAAAUCCAACUCAUCUACAGAGGAUUCAAGCAGGAAUGUCCAACGGGACUUAUUGACGAGGAAGGAUUUAAAGGAAUUUUUUCUCAAUUUUUCCCUCUUGGAGAUGCAACACACUACGCCCACUACGUCUUCAACACCUUCAAGAGAAACAACCAAGGCCAGAUAAGCUUCGAGUGCCUCCCGUGGCACCCCUGGGUAACUGGGUACCUUUCGGUCCCGGGUAAAUCGUGGGGGAUCUCGGAGCACAGGGGGCCCAGAGGUACGGAGUUUGGCCCACCGGGGUGUGGAACCACGCUCUGGUUCGUACCAAAACCCGCCCCCUAG